CAUGUGGAGGUGCGUCUCAAGGACGCUGAUGCCACCGAAUAUAUCACACGCGUCGAAGAUGCCUGCCAUGAUUACCUGACCAAGGAAUACAUCCACCCAGCCCGCGACGGCGAAGAACUUUCACUCGACAAGUUCCAGUACAAGGACCACAUCAUUUGCGCUCGUGUCGCUGGCAUCGAUUCCGAAUUAGAAAGUAAUGAAGCCUUUUUGUUUUCCAACGUCCAACCAAAGGUUCAUGCCUAUACACUUCACGAACGAGCCAUGGCUGCCUCUACUGUCACUUUCACUACUUCGAAAGAUUCUCAGGCCAAGAUCAUCAAUCUGCCUCAUGAGUCCUUGGCUGGCGUUUGGGAAAGAAUCCAAGUCGCCUUGUUGCACCAAGCAGACAAUCUUCCGGAAGCGAUGAACAUUAAUCGAUUGAUCCUCUUCCACGGACCUCCAGGAUGCGGCAAAUCGACACUGUGGUAUUACUCAGUCCAGAGAUGUAUCAGAAUCACAGUGCUGACUCUUGCGGNNAGUCGAGCACUUGCCCAGAAGUUGGUCAUCAGACUCAGCCGGAUCUUCAGAGGCGGCAAACUAUUCGAGAUCAACACACAGGACCUCUUGAGCAAGUUCUACAGCGAGAGCGGCAAGCUUGUGUCAGAGAUGUUCGAGAAGGUCUUCAAAAUGGCACAUGAUGACAAGGAGCUCAUCUGUGUACUGAUUGACGAGAUCGAAAGCAUUGCUGCCUCACGUCAAGCCUCUACAAAGAACGGCGAAUGCACUGAUACUGUUCGCGCGACUAAUCAACUCCUCACUGCGCUUGAUCGUAUCAGACGUAAACCAAACAUCAUCGUCUUUUGCACGAGCAACUUGAUCGAGUCUAUUGUAAGGCUUGAACACUCACAUCCAAAGCAGAAUGUUGCUAACUCUGUUCAAGNNGACACAGCCUUCCUCGACCGAGUCUACGACGUUGUCUCAGUACCACCACCCUGCGCAAGUGCUGUCUACACUAUUCUCAGCAAUAUUCUCAACUCGCUGAUUGAUGCUGGAACCAUUACCUACAAGCCUUGGCCUCAAAGCUUGCCUCCUGACGACGAUGACAAGGACUUUGACUUCUUGGAACUCGGCGAUAUUCUCGACAAGUCACGCCUACCAAGCCAUGAACGACUAACGGUCUGGGCGAAUGCAUAUCCUGACACUCCUGGACCUCUCCUGAAAAGCGUCGCUAAAGACUGCGCAGGCUUUAGCGGAAGGAAAUUGGCGAAGCUGCCAUUCUUGGCGAUCACAAAGUACAUUUGGCAGGAGAAGUGCACCAUCUUCGAUGCGAUCAAAGCCCUUCAGAAGGCUGUGGAGCUAGAGAAAGCCAUGAAC